CCCAACAUCCUUGUGCCAAACUCCACUCAAGAUGGGGUUUGGCAGGGGGAUAUUGCUACCAGAAUGGGCUUUCCUGUUAGCAGUUUGCUGUAUCCAUCAAAUAGGAGGUCAAACUGGAAGUCAGUUGUCUGGGAGUCUUCUACAGAAUGCUUCAAUCAAAAUCUCAGAUAACUUCAACGUCUUCUCACCACUGCUAACAAAUCUAGCAAUAACACCUGCUAAUCCUGCUCACAAUGGCCGUGUGUGCAGCACAUGGGGCAACUUCCACUUCAAGACCUUCGACGGGGACAUAUUCACCUUCCCUGGGCUCUGUAAUUACGUUUUUGCCUCCCACUGCAACGCUCCCUAUGAGGAUUUCAACAUCCAGAUUAGGCGUGAAGUGGUGGCAAACACUCCAACAAUCAACCACAUCACCAUGAAAAUCGAAGGUGUUGUUGCUGAACUAACAAAAGAUGCUGUCAUGGUCGAUGGCAACAGAGUUCAGCUGCCAUAUAGUCAAUCUGGUAUUACGAUAGAGAAGAGCAGCAUUUAUGUGAAAGUUGGCAGCAAAAUCGGUGUUGUGUUAUUGUGGAAUGAAAAGGACAGCAUUCUGCUGGAAUUGAAUGAGAAAUAUGCCAAUCAGACAUGUGGACUUUGUGGUGACUUCAAUGGCUUUCCCAUAUACAAUGAGUUCAUUUCAAACAAUAUUAAGAUGACAGCCUUGCAGUUUGGGAAUAUGCAGAAAAUGGAUGGGCCAACAGAACACUGUGAAGACUCCACUUCUAUCCCGACAUAUAACUGCUCUGAUAAUCUUGAUGACAUUUGUGAGAAAACAUUGACCAGCUCUGCGUUUGCAGACUGUAAUGACCUAGUUGAUGUUGAAGACUACAUCAAGAUUUGCCAAAAUGACUUGUGCCGCUCUGCAGAAUCUGAAAACAGCACAUGCAUCUGUGACACCUUCGCUGAGUACUCCCGGCAGUGUGCUCAUGCUGGUGGGCAGCCCCUGGACUGGAGAACUUCAAAACUGUGCCCCAAGAAGUGUCCUUACAACAUGCAGUACCAGGAGUGCAACUCCCCCUGUACUGAUACAUGCACGAAUCCUGAACGAUCUCUGUUUUGUGAAGAACACUGUAUUGAUGGCUGUUUCUGCCCCCCAGGCAAGUCCUUAAGGACUGUAUUUGAUGACAUCAACAACUCUGGCUGCAUUCCCCAGCAGGAGUGCUCCUGUAUUUACAAUGGCAAAACCUAUGCUACGGGAGCUUCUUUUUCAGAGCCAUGCCAGACCUGCACCUGUAAUGGAGGCCAGUGGAGCUGCCAAGACAAGUCAUGCCCAGGAACGUGCUCUGUCGUGGGAGGCUCCCACAUUUCCACAUAUGAUAAGAAGCACUAUGAUCACCACGGAGACUGCAUCUACGUCCUCUCUAAGGACUGUAAAGAUGAAAAAUUUACCAUCCUGGCAGAACUACGCAAGUGUGGCCUGACCGACACCGAGACCUGCCUGAAGUCAGUGACCCUCAACAUGAAUAAAGGACAAACUAUCGUGGAGGUCAAACCUGAUGGCGGUGUGUUUGUGAACUCCAUCUACACCCAGCUGCCCAUGUCAGCAGCUAAUGUCACCAUGUUCAGACCUUCCUCAUUCUUCAUGAUCAUGGACACAAGCUUUGGGGUCCAGGUUGAGGUGCAGUUCACACCCGUGAUGCAAGUGUUUGUGCGUCUGGAUGCUUCUUUCAAAAACCACACUUGUGGUCUCUGUGGAAAUUUCAAUAACAUCCAAACUGAUGACUUCAAGGUCAUAAGUGGAAUAAUUGAAGGAACAGCAUCAGCAUUUGCUAACACAUGGAAAACUCAGGCUUCAUGCCCUAAUAUCCAGCAGAGUUUUGAGAAUCCUUGUGCACUCAGCAUUGAUAAUGAAAAAUACGCUCAGCAUUGGUGUGGACUGCUCACUGACAGCACAGGACCUUUUGCUGCUUGUCACUAUGCAGUGAAUCCUGCUGUUUACCACACGAACUGCAUGUUUGACACAUGUAACUGUGAAAACAGUGAGGACUGUCUGUGUGCAGCUCUCUCUGCCUAUAUGAGAGCUUGUGCUGAAAAAGGAAUCCAGCUGCAGGGAUGGAGGACUGAUGUCUGCACAAAAUACACCACCUCAUGUCCCAAAUCCCUGAGCUACAGCUAUACCAUCUCUUCCUGCCAACCCACCUGCCGCUCUCUGAGUGAGCCUGAUGUCACAUGCAGCAUCAAGUUUGUCCCAGUUGAUGGCUGUACCUGCGUAAAUGGAACCUACAUGGAUGACAGUGGCAAAUGUGUGCCUGCUAAUGAAUGCCCCUGCUACUACAAAGGGUCUCCUGUACCAUUUGGAGAAGUGGUCCAUGAAAGUGGGCGUGUAUGCACUUGUGUCCAGGGAAGACUGAAUUGCAUUGGAGCACCAAAUCCUACUUCAGUCUGUGAAUCUCCCAUGGUCUACUUUGACUGUCAAAACAACACAGCAGGAACAACUGGAGCAGAAUGUCAAAAAAGUUGCCAGACUCUGGAUAUGCAGUGUUAUAGCUCACAAUGUACAUCUGGCUGCAUAUGCCCAGAUGGGCUUGUGUUAGAUGGGAAGGGUGGUUGUAUUCCUGAAGAGGAAUGUCCAUGUAUUCACAAUGAAGCCAUGUACCAGCCUGGGGAAAAGAUCAACUUCGACUGUAACACCUGUGUAUGCAAGAAUAGGAAGUGGGAAUGCACCAAAGAUCAAUGUCUGGGCACUUGUGCUGUUUAUGGAGAUGGUCAUUAUAAUACCUUUGAUGACAAAAGAUUCAGCUUCAAUGGAAAUUGUGAAUACACACUAGUCCAGGAUCACUGUGGGAAAAGUGGAGCAGUCAAUGGGACCUUCAGGGUUGCCACUGAAAAUGUUCCUUGUGGCAACACUGGGACAACUUGCUCAAAGUCUAUCAAAGUCUUCUUAGAGAGCUAUGAGCUGAUCCUUAGUGAAGAGAGCGUCAGUGUCAUAAAGAGAGGAGAGAAUGACGAGGUGCCAUACACAGUCCGCUAUAUGGGGAUGUACCUGGUCAUUGAGACCAAAAAUGGACUGAUCCUCAUGUGGGACAAGAAAACCAGCAUCUUCAUCAAGCUCAGCCCUGGUUUCAAGGGCCAGGUCUGUGGUCUUUGUGGAAAUUAUGAUGGUAACAGCAUCAAUGACUUUACUACAAGGAGUCAAUCUGUAGUAGAGAAUGUCCUCGAGUUUGGAAACAGCUGGAAAGUAUCCUCUACAUGCCCUGAUGCUUCCAGUGUCAAGGACCCAUGUUCUACCAACCCUUAUCGGAAAUCCUGGUCAGAGAAGCAGUGUAGCAUCAUCAACAGCAAUGUCUUUGCUGCCUGUCACUCCCAGGUUGAACCAGCAAAAUAUUACCAAGCAUGUGUGACAGAUGCUUGUGCCUGUGACACUGGAGGAGACUGUGAUUGCUUUUGUACAGCAGUAGCUGCCUAUGCUCAAGCAUGCAGUGAAGUUGGUGUAUGCGUAGCCUGGAGAAGCCCAACAAUUUGUCCACUGUUCUGUGAUUACUACAAUCAGCAAGGAGAAUGCGAAUGGCACUAUAAACCUUGUGGUGCUUCCUGUAUGAAGACCUGUAAGAACCCAAGUGGAAAAUGCCUCAAUGACCUGCCAGGUUUAGAAGGCUGCUAUCCUAACUGCCCACCAGACAAGCCAUAUUUUCAUGAGGAUCAGAUGAAGUGUGUUAGUCUCUGUGACUGUUAUGAUGAUGAAGAUGGAAAGAUAUAUAAGCGGGAUGAAUGUAAUAUAUGUGAGUGCACAUCAGAAGGUUUACAGUGCAAGUUCGAUGAUAAAGCCUGCAACUGCAUUUAUGAAGGGAAUAGCUAUAAAUAUGGUGAACUCAUCUACAACACCACAGAUGGAACUGGAUGGUGUUUCAGUGCAACAUGCGAUGUCAACGGAACGAUAAGCAGAAACAUCUUUAAAUGUGGCAUUUUUACAACAACCCCAUUUACAUUUUCCACAAGUCAGCCCACGACUACUGCUUCAGAAACGACAACUGCAACACCAAUGACAACUGUAUGUGUGAAAAAUGUCUGUGUGUGGUCAGAAUGGUAUGAUACCACUCAGCCUGAAAACAAAGAGGACAGUGGAGAUUAUGAAACUUAUCAAAAUCUCAAGGAUAAAGGAUACAGUGUGUGUACAAACCCAAGCGAUGUUCAAUGCAGAGCCAAAGAACACCCAGAUACUGAAAUCACCAACCUUAACCAAACUGUAGAGUGUAGUCAAAGCAGAGGAUUAAUAUGCAAUAACCAUGACCAAGAAUCUAAGCAGUGCUAUAAUUAUGAAAUCAGAAUAUUAUGCUGCAGAUACAUACCAUGUUCAGAAGCACAAACUACAACAACCACAACCACAAGAGAAUUCACAACUACUACUGUAGAAUCAACACCAUUUACAGUACAGACAACAAUAAUACCAACAACACAAAAACAAGAAAGUGAAGUAACUACAACACCAAUGAGAGACCGAGAAAGAACGACGACUCAGACCGAAACGUCAGUAAAAACAACACCACCACAAUUUUCAACAACAGAGUACCAAAUCACAACUACUACAGCAGAAACCUCCACUGUGACAACCCAGGUUUCAACAUCUCCCACUACACCCUCCGAAGUUAAAAUCAGAACCACCACAGGCACCACAGCUGGCCGUACCACAAGAGCUUCUGCCACCUCUGCGCCAGGAGAAACCUCCACUGCGGCAACCCAGUCUACAACAUCUCCUACAACACCGACUGAAGUUAAAAUCAGAACCACCACAGGCACCACAGCUGGCCGUACCACAAGAGCUUCUGCCACCUCUGCGCCAGGAGAAACCUCCACUGCGGCAACCCAGUCUACAACAUCUCCUACAACACCGACUGAAGUUAAAAUCAGAACCACCACAGGCACCACAGCUGGCCGUACCACAAGAGCUUCUGCCACCUCUGCGCCAGGAGAAACCUCCACUGCGGCAACCCAGUCUACAACAUCUCCUACAACACCGACUGAAGUUAAAAUCAGAACCACCACAGGCACCACAGCUGGCCGUACCACAAGAGCUUCUGCCACCUCUGCGCCAGGAGAAACCUCCACUGCGGCAACCCAGUCUACAACAUCUCCUACAACACCGACUGAAGUUAAAAUCAGAACCACCACAGGCACCACAGCUGGCCGUACCACAAGAGCUUCUGCCACCUCUGCGCCAGGAGAAACCUCCACUGCGGCAACCCAGUCUACAACAUCUCCUACAACACCGACUGAAGUUAAAAUCAGAACCACCACAGGCACCACAGCUGGCCGUACCACAAGAGCUUCUGCCACCUCUGCGCCAGGAGAAACCUCCACUGCGGCAACCCAGUCUACAACAUCUCCUACAACACCGACUGAAGUUAAAAUCAGAACCACCACAGGCACCACAGCUGGCCGUACCACAAGAGCUUCUGCCACCUCUGCGCCAGGAGAAACCUCCACUGCGGCAACCCAGUCUACAACAUCUCCUACAACACCGACUGAAGUUAAAAUCAGAACCACCACAGGCACCACAGCUGGCCGUACCACAAGAGCUUCUGCCACCUCUGCGCCAGGAGAAACCUCCACUGCGGCAACCCAGUCUACAACAUCUCCUACAACACCGACUGAAGUUAAAAUCAGAACCACCACAGGCACCACAGCUGGCCGUACCACAAGAGCUUCUGCCACCUCUGCGCCAGGAGAAACCUCCACUGCGGCAACCCAGUCUACAACAUCUCCUACAACACCGACUGAAGUUAAAAUCAGAACCACCACAGGCACCACAGCUGGCCGUACCACAAGAGCUUCUGCCACCUCUGCGCCAGGAGAAACCUCCACUGCGGCAACCCAGUCUACAACAUCUCCUACAACACCGACUGAAGUUAAAAUCAGAACCACCACAGGCACCACAGCUGGCCGUACCACAAGAGCUUCUGCCACCUCUGCGCCAGGAGAAACCUCCACUGCGGCAACCCAGUCUACAACAUCUCCUACAACACCGACUGAAGUUAAAAUCAGAACCACCACAGGCACCACAGCUGGCCGUACCACAAGAGCUUCUGCCACCUCUGCGCCAGGAGAAACCUCCACUGCGGCAACCCAGUCUACAACAUCUCCUACAACACCGACUGAAGUUAAAAUCAGAACCACCACAGGCACCACAGCUGGCCGUACCACAAGAGCUUCUGCCACCUCUGCGCCAGGAGAAACCUCCACUGCGGCAACCCAGUCUACAACAUCUCCUACAACACCGACUGAAGUUAAAAUCAGAACCACCACAGGCACCACAGCUGGCCCCAGCACUGCGGUCUCACCCAGAGAAGGCACAACCAUCAUCACUACCACCACCAGUACCUCUCCGCCUCAGACCGAAGGCACAACCACCAUCACCCCCCCCACAACAACAACUCCAGGCACCACCACUAUCCGCAUCUCCAAUAGCACUGACAACUGCGUGGUGGAGCGCUGUGCCUGGACACAGUGGUUUAAUGUAGACUCCCCUACUCCAGGCAGCGAAAAUGGAGAUUUAGAGACAUUUGAAAACAUCCGAGCUGCUGGCUAUGAGUUGUGUGAGAAGCCUCAAGACAUCAAGUGCCGAGCUAAAGACUACUCUGACACAAUUGUGAAAAUAAUGGAACAGAAAUUUGACUGCAGUCUUGACAGAGGGCUAGUGUGCAGAAAUAAGGAUCAGACUAUUAAGUACCCCACCUGCUUCGACUACGAGGUCUCAGUGCUGUGCUGUGACCGAAAACCCUGCCAGACAACAGUGCCAACCCCAGGAACCACUGUAAGCACCACGACAACAUACUUCCCAGCAGAAACGACCACAGUAACAACAAAACCUACAGCAACACCAACUGCUGCCACCACACUUCCACUGCAAGAAAUAACAACCACUCUAGGAACAACAAGGACCCUCUCAACAGAAGGAACCACCAUCGUCACCCCAAAAUACACAGAGCCUAUGAAAAUACAAACCACCACAGGCAGCACAGCGGUCCCAAGCACCAAGGCUUCAGCCACAGAGGGCACAACCAUCAUCACUACCACCACCAGCACCUCUCCGCCUCAGACUGAAGGUACAACCACCAUCACCCCACCCACAACAACAACUCCAGGCACCACCACUAUCCGCAUCUCCAAUAGCACUGACAACUGCGUGGUGGAGCGCUGUGCCUGGACACAGUGGUUUAAUGUAGACUCCCCUACUCCAGGCAGCGAAAAUGGAGAUUUAGAGACAUUUGAAAACAUCCGAGCUGCUGGCUAUGAGUUGUGUGAGAAGCCUCAAGACAUCAAGUGCCGAGCUAAAGACUACUCUGACACAAUUGUGAAAAUAAUGGAACAGAAAUUUGACUGCAGUCUUGACAGAGGGCUAGUGUGCAGAAAUAAGGAUCAGACUAUUAAGUACCCCACCUGCUUCGACUACGAGGUCUCAGUGCUGUGCUGUGACCGAAAACCCUGCCAGACAACAGUGCCAACCCCAGGAACCACUGUAAGCACCACGACAACAUACUUCCCAGCAGAAACGACCACAGUAACAACAAAACCUACAGCAACACCAACUGCUGCCACCACACUUCCACUGCAAGAAAUAACAACCACUCUAGGAACAACAAGGACCCUCUCAACAGAAGGAACCACCAUCGUCACCCCAAAAUACACAGAGCCUAUGAAAAUACAAACCACCACAGGCAGCACAGCGGUCCCAAGCACCAAGGCUUCAGCCACAGAGGGCACAACCAUCAUCACUACCACCACCAGCACCUCUCCAGCUCAGACUGAAGGUACAACCAUCAUCAUCCCGACAACAGCAAGAGUGUCAACACCAGCCACCAGCACUGCCAGCACCUCCAGGACUGCCGAGAGAAGUACCACAAGAGCUUCUGCCACCUCUGCACCAGGAGAAACCUCCACAGCAGCAACCCAGUCUACAACAUCUCCCACAACACCCUCUGAAGUUAAAAUAAGAACCACCACAGUUCCUAUCCCUGCCACCAGGACUGCCAGCACCUCCAGGAUUACCACAGCAGUAAGCACCACGAGAACCUCUGCCACCUCUACUCCAGGAGAAACCUCCACUGUGGCAACCCAGUCUACAACAUCUCCCACUACACCCUCUGAAGUUAAAAUAAGAACAACAACAGUACCUAUGCCUGGCAGCACCUCCAGGACUACCGAGAGAAGUACCACAAGAGUUUCUGCAACAUCUGCUCCAGGAGAAACCUCCACUGUGUCAACCCAGACCCUGAUGUUAAAAUAA